AUGGCUGCCGUCUCUGUCAAUUCCAACCCUGCCCAUAGCUCCGAAGCUUCCUCCAAGAGGUCAAAGUCGAACCAUGCUUCUAGCCCGUCUAUUGCAUCGAAGCCUGACACGAACGGCCUUGACAACCUUGAUAACCAACACUUCAAAGAACUGCAGAGGAGCUUGCGCAAUGCUGUCAAGAAGCUGAAUGCGACCGCCAAAGUCGACGCCAUUAUCGCAGAGAACCCUGGUAAAUCGCUGGACGAGCUUGUUACCGAGAAGAAAAUCAAUGCCGACCAGAAGGCACAAGCCUUGAAGAAGCCCUCUCUACAAGCCACUGUUACCCAGCUCGAGGAGCAGAUUGCCCAUUUGAAGGAGUUUGCCGCCCAGUGCGAGGAACGACUGGCGACACAGAAGGCAGAGCUUGAGCAAGCCCAUGAGGAGCAGCUCGCAGCUCUGCGGCAGCAGGCGGAUGCGAAUGCUGCUGAAGCCAGCAAUAAGGAUUUCACCCAGCAACUAUUGAGUUUGAGCAAAUUCCUCUGCGCCGCUGCCACUAUGAGACGUUCUGGAGAUGAAACCUCAAACGAGAGUCGUGCAUUCGAAGGCGUCCUGUACCAGGUCUAUGGAGGAACCCAGGAAGCUGUGUCGUCCAUGCUCAAAAUCAUCGACGGCACCGACGACAAGGUUGUUGGCGUUGACGGCACCACGCUGGAAAUUACCUACGGCAAAGUGAAGCAGAUUGCCACUGAGCUUGCCCCUGUUUCUGAACCCACAGCUGCUGAGGCAACGGCGCCUGAAUCGGACCCUACUGUGGCCAAUGCAGGCUAUACGGAGCUGCAAGACACAUCUUACGACUCCAAUGCUGCCGCUGCAAAUGAAUCGGCUGCGACGGAAGAACAAAGCGAACAGGUUCCUCCUCCUGCCCAGACUUUAACUACCGAUGGCGCCAACCAAGUGGCUGAGGCUACUUGGGAUGCCAACGCCACUGGAGCCGUGGAAACCUCGCCUACUGCCGAUGAAUGGGUCGAGGUGCCACGGGACCCUGCUGAGACUGAGACUGGUCUUCAAGCUACUCCUGCCGCUGCUGAGGCUGAGGUCAAAAGUGGCGCGGCUGUGACUCAGCCUACUGCACCCAGUGCCGAAGAUGUUACUGUCCCUAAGCCCCAGGACGACUUCGAGUCCGUCACGCACCAUCAACGCCAGCCUAGCCGGGGUAGAGGUCGGGGUGGCAGAGGACGUGGAUUCCGGGGACGUGGUGGCCGGGGUGGCCGGGGUGGUCGUGGCCGCGGUGGUGCCAAUGGCUCAUCCCCGGCCCCUGCUGCCAGCCAGUAA